AUGACUGCGACAAAAAAAGAUGAUGAUGAUGAUGGUUGGUUACCAGUAGGUGUUGAUUCUCUAUCAGACUAUACACCACAUAAACUUCAUCUUCUAUUGUCAUUACCAAUACCUGGUAAUGUAGAAACAUCAACGAUUAAUAAUAAUGAUAAUUCUUUAAAUUUAUUAAAACAAUCAUCAAAUAAAGCAAAACAAUCGUCAAGUAAACCAAAACAAUCAUCAGAUGAACCAAAAAAAUCAUCAAAAAAAACAAAAUUAUUUCGUUAUUUCAUGCCAAUAACUCGUAUUCGUGCUUCAUCAGCUUAUAAUGAACAAGAUAAAUAUUAUCAACAACAAACACCAAUUAAACCUGUCGAUCAACAAUGUGAUAUGCGAUUUUUUAUUAUUAGACAUGGUGAACGAGUUGAUCGUUAUUUUGGAUCUAAUUGGUAUAUGUUAGCAUUUGAUCAACAAAAUCAAUUUCAUCCUUAUCAUCGAAAUUUUCCUCCAAGUUUACCUCUUCGAUCAAAUAAAUUAUUUUGGGCACUUGAUACACCAUUAACAUUAUCUGGUUUAAAUGCAGCAAAAAAACUUGGUCAAACAUUAGCGUCAAAAAAUUUUAAACCACAUUAUGUUUAUUCAUCACCAGCUAUGCGUUGUAUAUUUACAACAAUUCAAAUUUUAAAAGGUCUUGGAUUAGAAAAUAGAAUACCAAUUCGUAUUGAACCUGGUUUAUUAGAAAUAGGUGCUGCAAGAUAUGGUAUGAGUGUUUUUUUUCAACCAAACGAUUGGAUUAAAAAUGGUAUUUAUGUUGAUUCAUCAUAUCAACCUAUAAUAACAACUGUUCCUCCAUAUGAACAUGAAAAUACAUAUUAUCUUCGUUCAAAAUAUGUUAUACGUGGAAUUGAAAAACUUCAUAAUAAUUCAUCAUUAGAAUCAAUGAAUAUUCUUAUUAUUGCUCAUGCAACAUCUCCAGAAACAUUAACAUGGGAUUUACUUGGAAAAGAACCUAAUGUUAAUGAUUUAUAUACAGUUUCAUUAGAUAUUUCUUAUUUACAAACGGUUAUAACUGAACGUAAACAAGAAAAUAAAUCUUGGUCUUUGAAAACGGGAUGA